AUGAAAAUGCCCACGAAGGAGCGUGACUUGGCCGGCACCGCGGCAUUUGAGGUCGCUCUUCAGCACAUUAUGGUGAGACAGGAUCGAUCUUAUCACUUUACUCAACUUUUGAUGGCCGCCUGUUCAUUGUUUUUUCUUUUGCAGACAUGUUUUGUUUUUCUUUUUACCGUAUUGUUGCCACUUUUGACAAUUAAACCCGAGGGAUUUCUGGCUUGUCUUUUAGAAUACACAUCUCCCACUGCCGGGGUUCUAUCGGCGCUGUGUUUAGUACUACUACGUGCAGGAAACAAACGGUACGCAAUUGAGCCUGGAGAACAACUUAUGCGUCGAAUUAAUAAAGUUAUAUUGGAGCCUUGCUUAGGCAUGCGUUUUGAUUGCCUAACUGGAAAGCUAAUGGCAGAUGAAAUAUGGGCCGCCGAUAUGAAUGUAAAUGUCCAAUCGGAUUAA